CGCCAUUCUUACGGGCUGUCAACCUCCAAACAUACUCACUUCCUUACGCGCUUCAUACCGUGCUGCCAGUCACGUCUGGCGCGCCUGGCUCCUGCGCAGCCUCGUCAUCGCCAAUAAAUUCCACGUGGAGCUCGUCGACACCUGUGAAUCUGCCGCCGAGCUUACACGACGUCGACCGCCCGCCAUUCGAAGACUGCCAGCAGGCUUCCCUACUACAGUAUCAGACUUGUAGUGAACAAUCGGUAUGGCGACUGCUGAGCCUGCCGCGCCUCCGCAUGACCGCCACACCCGCAGACGGCCGUUCGCGGCUUGGAUGAAGCGCCUCGCGAACCUCAAGAACUCUUCUUCCUCAGACGCCCCUAAUGGCACUGGCAAGAAAAAUCAAUCCGCGUCACAAUCGAAGAGCAAGAAGGCUGCCGCGAAGAAUAAUAACCCAUACCCCGAGUCAGGCCACUUCCGUAGCAACAAUGGACACCUCUCCUUUUCCAACCCGACCUCAACCUCGAAUACCAACGGUAGCUACACAUCACUAGAAGACACUAGCCACAACCGUGCUUUUGCUACAAGCAACAAAUCUACCGCACCGACUGUCGCCACAAAUAACGACACGGUACACUCGGAGACAGGCCAGUCGAAAUCAGGUACAACGAACACAGCAGGGGGUGGGAACAGCACUUUUUCUUCUCCAAACCACUCUGAACGCUCUCUAACAACCACUCUCACAACCAUUCAAUCGACGGCUCCGUCCAACCUCCUUGCGCACCAGCACCAUGGCCAGGGCACGCAGGCAGCAGGAUCUGCAAAUGGCCCCCCUGUACAUUUCUCACACCAGUACCCCAUAUCUCCGCCUGCAUCCGCGAUUCCCUCGCACCUAGCACCCUCGUCCAACCCGAACACUUACCAAGCCGCAACGGCGAACAACAUCCUCACGGACAACGCUUCCAUCCUUACCCUAGCAUCGUCGUCCAAGCGUCGCCGCAGGCACUCCGUCGACACCGACGCCUCCGUGCGCGCUUUGGCGCCAUCCUCUGUAUGGGGAGGGAGCCGCGAAUCGCUCCCGCUCAGCGUGUUGUCGUCAAACGUCGACAACUCCAACAUAUACAGCCCACAGGGCCGACCGAGCGUCGGUGGCCUGGCUAGUGCGGAACGCGCAAGUGUGUACUCCUCCUCUGGAGUCGUUGCAGCCGCACCACUCAGCGAACGCAACAGCUACUACGCUAACAAACAGGGAGUAGACGGCGCUAGCGUUCGCAGUGGGCUUCUGGGCCAUGGCAGGACGGAGAGUAUUACGGGGAGCAUAGGCGCGAACGCUACUACCCCAGCCAGCCCUCUGGCUAGCCCCACCAACCAGACUGGACCUGGCAGGCUGAGUCGGCGCAGCUCGGAAUGGAAGCAGGGCGAGGGGAGUGAUGGAGAAGACGAAGAACCGUCUACAGUGACGUUGACCGAGGAUGUGAAAGGAAAGGGCAAGGAAAUUGCAGUUUGAGAGUAAAUUGUUAGGAAAGGCGCAAGGGGCACAUUAUAUCAUGGCGAUGGAGCUACGGCAGGGUUGGAAAUGGAGCUCCACACGGAUGAAUAGCAAAGGGCGUGGAAUGGGAAUCGGGGUAGUCAUUGGUUAUCUGUGUGGAAGUGGGCAUCGUGCGGUAUGGAGCAGUCGUUUGAACCCGGCGUAUGGAUGGAUGUCCUUCUAUCACUGAUACCCUAGGGCACUUUGGGAUCGCUACCUGAGAUUUUGAGCGCUGAUAUUCAGUGGAAUAUCGGGACUUAAUUGGGUCUUAUAAUUCACUACUUCACCCUCCU